GUUCAGAUCGUAGAACUUUAGGUUGUAGAAGUUUAGGUCGUAGAAGUUUAAGUUGUAGAAGUUUAUGUUGUAGAAGUUCAGAUCGUAGAAGUUUAGGUUGUAGAAGUUUAAGCCGUAGAAGUUUAGGUCGUAGAAGUUUAUGUCGUAGAAGUUUAUGUCGUAGAAGUUUGGUGCGAUGGCGUUACAAGAGCUGUGCGGUGUAGAGAAAAGUGGUCAUGUGACUUGUGGACUGUUUAGUCCUACCUCACUCUUGGACUUCUACAUCCCGCCCGGUCUUCACCAAAGACACCUUGGAAAAGCUCAUCCCUUCCAGACCUCCUGGAGCGGCUCUGGGCGGGUGUGGCCCCCCUUCGCCACGUCUCACGGCACCACCACCCUGGCCUUCACCUUCCAGGGCGGCGUGCUGGCGGCGGCAGACACUCGCUCCAGCUGCAGCGGCCUGGUGGCCAGUCCGGACUCGGACAAGGUGGAGCCCAUCCACAGCCACCUGGUGGCCACCAGCUCGGGCACCUCGGCCGACUGCGGCUUCUGGAAACGCCUUCUGGGGCGGGAACUGCGGCUCUACCAGCUGCGGCACGGACGGCGCUUGUCCACCUGCAGCGCCGCCAAGCUGCUGUGGCACAUGCUCCUCCCCUUCAAGGGCAGCCAGCUGUGUGUGGCCACCACGCUGUGUGGGUGGGACACUGGCCCCGCCCUCUUCUACGUGUGCAGCGACGGCACGCGCCUCCAGGGGACGCUCUUCUCCGUGGGCUCCGGGUCGCCCUACGCCUACGCCGUCCUGGACCAGGCGCUGGACUGGCGAAUGACGGUGGAGGAGGCGACGCUGGUGGCGAAGGAGGCGGUGACGCGGGCGGCGCACAGAGACGCCUACUCUGGGAACGCGGUGGACGUCUACCACGUGUCCUCCCAGGGCUGGAGGCGCAGGACCAGGGAGGACCUAAAAGACCGCUUGUGUCCAGACCCGGCGCUCAAGUGAGGCGGCAGGAAGUCAACCUCCAUUUUGUCACACCAUUUUGCAAUAUUUCUACUUUUUAUUUGGAUUUUUAUUGCUCGGA